UAGCCCCACCGGAGGUUGACACACAGCCACAGCUCGCUUCGAUCCUCAUCCUGAAAAAUAAACCUCCAACAACAAAAGUUUGUUUUUUCAUCUGACUCUUGGAGGCCCAGCGAUAUCCGGCGGGAGAGAAGGCGCCCGGGGAAAAAAAUAGAACUUUGGAACCUUUGUUCCCGUUUCCGGGACUCAAACGGGGGAAUCCCACUACUCCUGGUGGAAUAUAAACAUUGGGAAACUAUGAGUUGUGUGAGUUGUUGAAAAGUUGUUUCAACCUGCCGCGGUAGUGUGCGGAAGGUCCUCGAGUAUCUGCGGAUUGGAUUUCUUUUGUUUCUUCGAAGGGAUAAGCUGUUCUGCAACUCAAAAUGUGCCAAUCGGUUGUCUGUAGAAUAAUUCACUUGACUGUCUGUCUGGUGUUAAUUUCAAGCAUCAACUCUUAUGGGAUGCAUACGGACUGGAGUACCAUUCUGUCAGGUUCAGAUCCAAAUGGCGAGCAUCUACUUACACGUACUGAGCGAAGUUUUGGAGGAAAUAAGAUUGAGCCACCUUCUCGGCCGAACUCUUAUUGGGAUGACCCCCAUUAUCGUCCUUACUUUGACAACAGUACUGAAAGGAACGCAACAGCACAGCUUGGAAAAACCGCCUAUCUGAAUUGCAAAAUUCGCCAGCUUGGUGACAGAACAGUUGGAGCUGGCUUAUCUGGAGUGAAGAGGGAUGUUCAGGUGUCGUGGGUCCGUCAACGUGAUCUUCACAUCUUGACAGUGGGAAAGUACACUUAUACAAGUGAUCAAAGAUUCACUUCUAUUCAUCUGGACAACUCCGAGGUCUGGACCUUGGAAAUCAAGUAUGUACAAAAGAAGGAUGCAGGAGUAUAUGAAUGCCAAGUCAGUACAGAACCCAAGAUGAGUCUUAGCAUUAAUCUCAACGUUGUUGUGUCUCGAGCUCAUAUCCCUGAGGGCCCUAAUCUCUACAUUCAGAGCGGUUCAACUAUCAAUCUGACGUGCAUCAUUACAGAGAGCACUUCUCCUCCCGUGUUUGUUUUCUGGUACCACGAUGACAGAAUGAUCAAUUACGAUUCAUCGAGGGGUGGAAUCAAGGUGACAACGGAGAAUGGGCCGACAACCGUUUCUCGCCUGCGCAUCCAGAACGCCAGGCCAUCUGACUCCGGAAACUACUCUUGCCAGCCCUCGUAUGCUGAUCCCGCCAACAUCACGGUCCAUGUCCUCAAUGGAGAGAAACCUGCAGCCAUGCAACAUGGAAGAUCCAGCAUAGUCGUCCCAGCUCCAAAUCCCCUCCAGAUCUUAUUGGCUGUCUUCGUUUGCUGUGCUUUCCGAACCUCCACAUCUUUCGUUCGAAGAUAACCGCCCCUUUGCGGAAAUCCAACCAUCACUUCGCAUUGGAAGACGGACAAUGGACACGAUUUUCGUGCCCCCAACCGUCACUCUACCCACCAUUGGACAAGAACCUCUCCAAGUGUAGUGUAAAGCGCGAAUUCUAAACAACUGCAGCUUCGAUUGGAUUGGUGCAAUUUCUUUCGUGUAUAUCAGUGUGUUAUUUGUCAUAUCGGACACAAAAUGCUGAGAAUUUGAAGAGGACGCUUGCACUCACGGAGAAGAAACUAUAUUCUUUUCUUUUUUUUUCUUUUCCCUUUUCUCAUCACGUCGUGGUUUAAUUUUAAAUUAUGAAUGAACACUAACGGAACAUGUGUGGUACUUUAUUGAGCAUACAUGGAAUUUAUUUAAAUGUAAAACACAAGCAGAAGACUUAUUAUUCAUAAAGUACGCGCAUCGAACUGAUCCUCAGGUUCGUGAUGAGUCCAUCAUUUUGAAAGAUAAUCAUAUUAGCAUGAGUUCAGAUUUAAUCUGUGUGUUGGGAACAUCUCAAGGAGGAUUUUAUUCAUGAUGAAGACUCAUAUUGUUCCAAUCUUAAUUUAAAUAAUUAAUUUUUCUUGAAAUAAAGCUGUAACUCCUUAUAAGUGGUAAUGUGUAUAAAGUGCUUAUAUGUUAAAUUUUUACAUGAAGUUUAUCACAAAUUGCAUGCAUUGGGAGAUGAAACUCAUGUAUACCGAACUAUUGUGCUUGCCAAAAUGUAUUAGACAUCAAUGAAUUUUAAUUUAUAUCCUCGUUUGUAUCCACGUUAUUAUGCCUUUAGGAAGAGGCAAAGCUUGAGCAUAAGACUGUAAAAAGGACAAAAAUGAGGACAUGUUCACCUCGACAACUGCAGUAUUUUAGCUGGACCAAAUGGAUAAUACAUAUAAACAAUGCAUUUUGAUUUUUACUAAAAAAGGUUUAAAUAUAUAGAAAUGAUUUUUUUUCAGAUUUUUGAUUCAACUAUAAAGAAAGAAUGAUUUAAAUUCAAGCUGAAAAUAUUUCAGCUGCAAUCAUGUAAAAAUGUGAUCUGUAAAUAGCAUAUAGAGGUCAAUUGUAAAAACAGCACUGUAUAAAGUAUAUGUGUACGAAACAUCGUAAAACGUUACUUUCAGCUAGGAAGGACAGAUCUGAAAAGCUUGAUUAGUUAAGCAAAAUACAUGUAUGACGGCUGGACCUAUUGUAUAAAUAGAAUAAUGAAUCAAAAGAUUUAUAUUUUUAAACCUAAUUUUCAUCUUGAUAAGUUAAAUUAAAAUUAAAGUGUAAAUAAAUGAUACCAAAAGAUUAAUAUAGUGGAAAAAUUCGAAUCCUCGUAAAUUUUUCAGCAACAGCAAUCGACUAAAUAUGAAUAGAAAGAUAUAAAAUCAUUUGAAAUAAGGAAUUACAUUAAAUGUAUUUUCAAAAGUCUUCGUGUUAGGUUUGUUUUAACUUAAAUAAAAAUUCUGAAUAUUAUUCUCUUCUUUAACUUGUUGCUGCUUAAAUAAAUGCAUUAAAAGUUGCAAUUAAAAUUCUUAAAAUCGCAAAAUUGAUCUAUUUAUUAUAUAAAUAAUUUUUUAUUUUUACUACUAAACAUAUCGUAGCAAAAUUAGCCACUGUCUUACAAUUCUUCAAAAAAUUGGAAUUAAAUAUGAAUGAUUAAUGACUAAUAUUAUAAAUUUCAUGACCUAUUCAGCUAUUGUAAGAAAAAAAAUCUGAUUUUUAUUUUCGAUUAUAGGUUUAUUUUGCUUUAUUCCAGAUACUGCAAUUGUACAAAACUAUAUCCAGCUGUAAAUGAUAAAAAAAUUAAUUAAAUGUAUGUAAUUAUAAAUGUUUUAUAAGCGUGUUCUGUCAACAUGAACAUUCCAAUGAAAAUUUUUAUACUUAUUGUAAAAGAAUUUGGAGCUGUAAAUAUAUACAGCGAUGAAUGAAAAUAUUCUAUAUUUUGAAACGCAGGAGCAGGAUAUGAAGGAACUAAACAUUUCGUUGAAUGUACAGGACAUAAACAAGUCUGGAUGCACAUUUGUAAAGAGUUUUUAAAAGAGAUUAAAGUAAGUAUAUAACAAAGGUUGAUAUAUUCAAAUAAAUGAUGAAAGUUACUGAAAAAUAAAUAUGCACUGAAGAACCCUAGUCUUUAAUAAUGAUCAUCACAAGAUGUUAUUUCUUGAAACAAUAAAAGAUGAAUUGAAAAUUAUCGUGGAGAAAGAAAUGACGCAGUAAACAAAGUGUUAUUUUUGGUAGAGAUUACAUAAGAGAUACAUACAUAAAAGAAAAGAGUAUAUGUCGUGUUAUUGGUUUUGUGAUUUUGGAAAUUUGUGAUAUUGGUGUUUUAGUAAAUAAAGGAACAUGGGGUUAAGGCAAUGUAAUAAUAUUGCACGUGCAAUUCAUGCGUAAUAGAUUCGUUGGUGAUUUUUCUUCAGAUGUAAUUUUUGUAAUUAUUAUAAUUCCUAGUCCUGGAUGGAUUUUUUGUGAAUAUGUUUUAAUUUGAAAUAUUUUUUUGUCUUUCUCUUUAGUUAUAAAUUAUUUUAUGAGAUAUUUCUUUAAAUCGUA